AUGCAGCAGAAGUCCUCUCCGCAGCUUACACGCAUACUUUCGUACGGCUUCUCCGACAAAGCUCUCAUUCUACCCAUAUUCGACGCCGCACGUACUGUCGAAGCAGCCCACCGAUCCCUCACUAGGAAUCUCAUUCCAUACUGUACAGCAGAUUGUCACUUGACGCAAAAAUUUCCUUCAAAUUCAUUGCAUGGCGUUCAUGUAUUUUUGGAUAUGUCGAAUAUCGAAAUCAGCUUUCAGAAAGCACUGAAGAAGAGAUAUGGUCUUGCAGACGCUGCAAGAUUCUCACCUUUGCCACGACUCAACUUGCAUUUUUUAACGGAAUUACUUGUCCGCGGUCGCCCCUCAAGGGGCCUUCAUGUUGGGUGCUCUAUUCUCCCUGGCCGAAAGGAGCCGAGGUACGUCCAGGAUCUGCGCGACCUCGGAUAUCAAGUAGACGUGAGGGAGCGCAAACGUGUUGAAAAUAAUGGGCAUAAUGUUCACCAGAGCAAAUCAUCAUUCGUGUUUGCUUCAAAGUCUGUCUCCAGAUAUGUGGAGGACCUGGUUGAUGAAACGCUCCAGACGCGCAUCGCCGAGGCCGUAAUGGAACAUUUCCAAGAACAAGGCACCAUUGUCUUGGCCACUGGCGACGCGAAGCCAGCGCAAUACUCGGAUGGGUUCUUCCGAUACGUCGAAAGAGCUUUACGCAUGGGCUGGAACGUGGAGCUCGUCGCAUGGCAGGGCAGUCUAUCGUCCUCAUGGAAGGAUGUGGAGUGGACUGCCACAUGGGGUGAGAGGUUUCGUGUUAUUGAGCUAGAUAGCUUCAUUUAUGACCUUCUGGAAGUGCAAUCGUAG